AUGACUCCCUGGUUGGAGCCAAGUUCCUCUUGGGUCUCCCAGCUGGCCGGUUACAGCCUCAUUGCCACGGCCACAUAUAUCUACGCCAUCCAUAAGAUCGCAUCUCCUCGCACAGGGCUAGGAAUAUUCCUAUCUUUGAUAACUAUUCAGUUCCUUGGUCAUGCCUGGCUAUCAUUCGUUACCAAACAUGCCUCGAACCCGUAUUUGGAUGAAGUGUUUCAUAUCCCCCAAGCACAGGUUUACUGUGAUGGCAAAUUCGGCGUGUGGGAUGACAAGAUCACUACCCCUCCUGGACUAGCUCAGCUGGGACAGCUAAGGAUAGCAAGCGAUGCGCGAGCUUCAAGUCCGUACUCGGUAGAUUCCUUCUGGACAGGAAUCAAUGUCACCCUGUUCCCUGUCCUAUUCUUCUUUUCAGGCUUGUACUACACAGACGUCCUCUCCACGUUUACCGUACUACUUGCCUACAUCAACCACCUAAGCCGGAUGUAUUCAGAUAAACCGUCCACAGCAAGUAACAUUCGUACGAUCUUCCUCGGACUCCUGGCGCUGAGCGUGAGGCAGACCAACAUCUUCUGGGUCGUAGUAUACAUGGGUGGCUUAGAAGUCGUUCACGUCAUCAAGACUCUCUGCCCGGAAAGCAUAGCUGCACCAAAAUUUCAGACGCUGUCGGAACAGAUCAGUUUUUACGUUUGGAGGUACUCCCUUGGCGAUAUCCACGAUCCGCCCCUGAACCUAGCACACCCAAUUGACCUGGUCCUUUCCGCCGUCAGUAUUGGCAUAGCUUCAAUCUGUAACCUCGGGACUAUUAUACGUAGGCAGAUCUGGCCUCACCUUAUAGUCCUUGGGGCAUUCGUUGGGUUUGUUAUCUGGAACGGCGGCGUUGUGCUAGGGGAUAAAUCCAAUCACGUGGCAACUCUACACUUAGCCCAGAUGCUAUAUAUAUGGCCCCUAUUUGCGUUCUUCUCGGCGCCUCUUUUUAUCCCAUCGCUUAUAGGUCUGGCUAUAUAUGUUCUCCAAAUCAUCACUGGUUCAACUAAAUCAGACUUACACUCGAAGAAACCCUCUGUUUCUAAGAGUAAGCCUGAUCAGUCCGCAGUCCUAAAAGCAUUCAACCACAUCGGAUCGAGCCAUACACUACAUUCCGUCCUUAUCCUCGCCGGUGCUUUAGUGAUCACCACCUUAAUCGUGCGAUACAACACUAUUGUCCAUCCAUUCACACUAGCCGACAAUAGGCACUUCAUGUUCUACAUCUUCCGAUACACGAUCUUGAGAUCAUGGUGGAUAAGAUAUGCCCUCGUCCCGGUCUACGUAAUCUGUGGUUGGCUAUGCUGGGCCGCUCUGCAAGGCAGCCUCUCAACCACACUACCUGCUCAGAAGCGCCAGUGGAUACUAACACCAUUCAGUAACGAGGCCUUGUCCUUAUCACCACCUCCGACUGACAAAAAGUCGCCAAACGUAACUCUUACAACGGCGGAUGCGGCGGCAAUACCACCGUCUACAUCAACCGCGCUGAUUCUCCUCGCAGCCACUUUCUCCCUCGUAACGGCACCGCUAGUCGAGCCGCGUUAUUUCAUCCUACCGUGGGUAUUCUGGCGCUUACUCAUUCCAACACGACCUACCUUCCCAAAGUUAGGGUCAACUUCAUUGAUCUCUCAGCACCUUGUGCCUCUCCUUGAGACAGUGUGGUUUCUGCUAAUCAACGUAGCAACUAUGUACAUAUUCAUCACUCGGCCGUUUUAUUGGCGAGGGCCAGACGGUGAGUUGCUAGACGGCGGGAAUGUACAAAGAUUUAUGUGGUAA